AGAGGGACUCAGAGCAGCGAGUCUGCCGGAACAAGAAGUGACGAAGAAGACGAGAGCGGCCACAACGAACUGCUAGCUUACCAAGCUAUCGGUUAACUAGAUGAAGUUAGAUACCAACACAUGAUGUCACCUUAAAUGUACACAGAAGGAGGACCAAUAAAACUACAUACUCUGAUAACGAGUUUGAUGUAGAUGCUGAGGAUACUCUUCCACCAUGUAUGCUGUGUACAGACAAGCCCACACACCCACUGCUGUGGAGUUCUCCGUCUACUGCAACUUCAUUUCCAGCAAGGAGAAGAACUUGGUUGUUGCUGGCACGUCCCAGCUGUUUGUGUACAGGAUCAUCCAUGAUGUGGAGAGUACGUCAAAGGUUGACAAGUCUUCAGAUUCCAAAUCACGCAAGGAGAAGCUUGAGCAAGUGGCCUCCUUUUCUCUGUUUGGCAAUGUGAUGUCCAUGGCCAGCGUGCAGCUCGUGGGAGCCAACAGGGAUGCACUCCUUCUUAGUUUUAAAGAUGCCAAGUUAUCUGUCGUGGAGUACGAUCCUGGGACUCACGACCUCAAGACGCUGUCCCUUCAUUACUUUGAGGAGCCCGAGCUCAGAGAUGGCUUUGUACAGAAUGUACACAUUCCCCUCGUCCGUGUUGAUCCAGAAAACCGCUGUGCUGUGAUGCUGGUUUAUGGCACCCAGCUGGUGGUGCUGCCGUUCAGGAAAGACACUCUGACGGAUGAACAGGAGGGUGGAGUUGGAGAAGGACCUAAGUCCAGCUUCCUGCCUAGCUACAUCAUUGACGUCCGUGAGCUGGACGAGAAGCUCCUGAACAUAAUCGACAUGAAGUUCCUUCACGGCUACUACGAGCCAACAUUGCUCAUUCUGUUUGAGCCCAACCAGACAUGGCCCGGGCGUGUUGCUGUGCGUCAGGACACUUGCAGUAUAGUUGCCAUCUCUCUCAACAUAAUGCAGAAGGUUCAUCCCGUCAUCUGGUCUCUCAGUAACCUGCCUUAUGACUGUACGCAGGUCAUGGCUGUCCCAAAGCCGAUUGGUGGUGUUGUGGUGUUUGCUGUGAACUCACUGCUGUAUCUCAACCAGAGCGUUCCACCGUACGGAGUGUCUCUUAACUCCAUGACAGUGGGGACCACAGCAUUCCCUCUGCGUAUGCAGGAGGAAGUGAGGCUCACGCUGGACUGUGCACAGUCCGACUUUAUUGCCUACGACAAGAUGGUCAUCUCUUUGAAAGGAGGAGAAAUUUACGUGUUAACCCUCAUCACUGACGGUAUGAGGAGCGUCCGGGCGUUCCACUUUGACAAAGCUGCCGCCAGCGUCCUCACCACGUGUAUGGUGACCAUGGAACCGGGUUACCUUUUCCUCGGCUCCCGCCUGGGAAACUCACUGCUCUUGAAGUACACUGAGAAACUGCAGGAGACGCUGCCUGAAGAGGGCAAAGAAAAGAUGGACAAAGACAAAGACAAGGACAAAGAAAAACAGGAGGAACCACCGAGCAAAAAGAAGCGUAUGGAGUCUUCCACCAACUGGACGGAUGAGGUCGAUGAGAUAGAAGUUUAUGGAAAUGAGGCCCAGUCAGGCACUCAGCUGGCCACGUACUCCUUUGAGGUUUGUGACAGCAUCCUCAACAUUGGACCUUGUGCGAAUGCUGCUAUGGGCGAGCCUGCCUUCUUGUCUGAAGAAUUCCAGAGCAACCCUGAGCCCGACCUGGAGGUAGUGGUGUGCUCUGGCUACGGCAAGAACGGUGCACUGUCUGUCCUUCAGAGAAGCAUCCGACCUCAAGUAGUCACUACGUUUGAGUUGCCAGGUUGCCAUGACAUGUGGACGGUCAUCUCAAAUGAAGUGAAGGAAGACAAAAAACCUGCAAAGAGUACCGACUCAGAAGACGGGGCAGAAACAGAGACCGGUGAGGAUGGUGAAGAGGGAGAGAAGGACAAAGAGGAGAAGGAGAAAGAGGAAGAUGCGGAGAAGGCAGAUGCUCCUAUUGAGGACGACACGAAGAAGCAUGGCUUUCUCAUUCUGAGCAGAGAGGACUCAACCAUGAUCCUUCAGACAGGUCAGGAGAUCAUGGAGCUGGACACUAGUGGAUUUGCCACUCAAGGACCCACCGUGUUCGCUGGAAACAUCGGCAACAACAAGUACAUCAUCCAAGUCUCGCCCAUGGGUAUUCGGCUGCUGGAAGGAGUGACACAGCUCCACUUCAUCCCCGUGGACCUGGGCUCUCCCAUAGUGCACUGCUCUGUGGCGGACCCUUUCGUGGUCAUCAUGACCGCAGAGGGAGUGGUCACUAUGUUUGUGCUGAAGACUGACUCGUACAUGGGGAAGACGCACCGCCUGGCCCUGCAGAAACCUCAGAUCCCCACACAAUCUCGUGUGAUAGCGUUGUGUGCGUACAGAGAUGUGAGUGGAAUGUUCACCACAGAAAACAAAGUGAGCUGCUCCUCCGUCAAAGAGGACACAGCUCUCAGGAGUCAGUCUGAAGCAGAGACCAUCAUCCAGGACCUCAGCAACACGGUGGAUGACGAGGAGGAGAUGUUGUACGGAGACUCAAACAGCGCAGCGUCUGCUAAGGAUGAAUUGGGCCGCGGCUUCGGCGCAGCGUUUGCUUCUGGAAGUGAUGGAAGCUCAGGCAAAGCAGAGCCCAGCCACUGGUGCAUGAUCACCAGGGAGAGCGGUGUGAUGGAGAUCUACCAGCUUCCUGACUGGCGACUGGUGUUCCUGGUGAAGAAUUUCCCAGUUGGUCAGAGAGUGCUGGUGGACAGCUCGUCCGGCCAAUCAGCAGCCCAGGGGGAGGGGAAGAAGGAGGAAGUUACACGUCAAGGAGAGAUCCCACUGGUUAAAGAAGUGUCUUUGGUUUCACUUGGAAACAAUCAAAGCAGACCGUAUUUAUUGGUCCAUGUGGAACACGAGCUCCUUAUCUAUGAAGCGUUCCCGUACGACCAGCAGCAGCCCCAGAACAACCUGAAAGUGCGCUUCAAAAAGGUGCCCCACAACAUUAACUUCAGAGAAAAGAAAUCAAAGCUGAAGAGGGAUAGGAAGGUGGAGAGCGGUGCUGCUGAAGACAGCUCAGCUGCAAAGAGUCGGAUUGCCAGAUUCAGAUACUUUGAGGACAUCUCUGGAUACUCAGGGGUGUUCAUCUGUGGGCCCUCUCCUCACUGGAUGCUGGUCACCUCUCGAGGAGCGCUGAGGCUCCAUCCCAUGAGCAUCGACGGCCCCAUCGAGUCUUUUUCCCCCUUCCACAACAUCAACUGCCCCAAAGGUUUCCUCUACUUCAACAAACAGGGUGAGCUGAGGAUCAGCGUCCUGCCCACCUACCUGUCCUACGACGCCCCAUGGCCAGUCCGAAAAAUCCCACUGAGGUGCACCAUCCACUACGUUUCCUACCACGUUGAAUCCAAGGUGUAUGCGCUGUGCACCAGUGUGAAAGAGCUCUGCACACGCAUCCCCAGGAUGACCGGAGAGGAGAAGGAGUAUGAAACCAUAGACAGAGACGAUCGUUACAUCAACCCUCAGCAGGAGAAGUUCUCCAUCCAGCUCAUCUCUCCGGUCAGCUGGGAGACCAUCCCCAACACACGGAUCGACCUGGAAGAGUGGGAACAUGUGACCUGUAUGAAGACCGUGGCACUGAGGAGUCAGGAGACCGUGUCCGGGCUGAAGGGCUACGUUGCUGCAGGGACCUGCCUGAUGCAGGGAGAGGAGGUCACCUGCAGAGGCAGAAUUUUGAUCCUGGAUGUGAUUGAAGUGGUGCCGGAGCCAGGCCAGCCCCUCACCAAGAACAAGUUCAAGGUCCUGUAUGAGAAGGAACAGAAGGGGCCGGUCACAGCCAUGUGUCACUGCAACGGAUACCUGGUGUCAGCCAUCGGACAGAAGAUCUUCUUGUGGGUGUUGAAGGACAACGACCUGACAGGCAUGGCCUUCAUAGACACCCAGCUCCACAUCCACCAGAUGUUCAGCAUCAAGAACUUCAUCCUGGCUGCUGAUCUGAUGAAGAGCAUCUCACUGCUCCGCUACCAGGAGGAGAGCAAGACGCUGUCGCUCGUCAGCAGGGAUGCAAAGCCCCUGGAAGUUUACAGCAUCGAUUUCAUGGUGGAUAACAACCAGCUGGGGUUCUUGGUGUCGGACCGAGACAAGAACCUUUACGUUUACAUGUAUCUCCCUGAAGCUAAAGAGAGCUUUGGAGGAAUGCGCCUCCUGAGGAGGGCAGACUUCAACGCUGGAGCAAACAUCAACACGUUCUGGAGGAUGCCGUGCAGAGGAGCCCUCGACACCGGCAGCAAGAAGUCUCUGACCUGGGACAACAAGCACAUCACCUGGUUUGCAACUCUAGACGGAGGGGUCGGCCUGCUCCUCCCCAUGCAGGAGAAGACGUAUCGCCGUCUUCUCAUGUUGCAAAAUGCUCUGAACACAAUGCUGCCUCAUCAUGCUGGACUGAACCCCAAGGCCUUCAGGAUGCUGCACAGCGACAGACGGAGCUUGCAGAACGCUGUGAGGAACAUCCUGGAUGGAGAACUCCUCAACAAGUACUUGUACCUCAGCACGAUGGAGCGCAGUGAGCUGGCCAAGAAGAUCGGUACCACUCAGGAUAUCAUCCUGGACGACCUUCUGGAGAUGGACCGAGUCACCGCACACUUCUGAGAGCCACAUUCCCAAACCUCGACCUCUGAAGCUGUUUUAUACUGAAUGGAGAAAAUGUUUUGUUAUAGCCAUCUUUUUCAAACUUUGUGUUCGUAGUCAGACUGAAACAAACCGCAGUUUCUUUUGGACAUUUUGUAGAAAAACAAAAACCAGUAAAAGUCAUUUACAGAAA